UUAAUUAGUAGUGUUUUUUUGUGUAAACGUUGACUUCAAAAACACCCAAAUCAUGAUUCUCACUUUCUCUAAGAUAUAAAACACAUGUAAAUCAUUUUAUAGUGAACAACAUAUUAAGGCUUCAAUUUGUUAAAGAAUUCUUCUCUAACUUAUAAACUUUCUGUUUAGUUACUUUUUCUUUGCUAAAGAUUCAUCAAAGCCUUUACUUUUUGGAACAAAUUUCAUAGCUAAAAUUGACAUCAAGAACAGAGUCCGAGGAUGUCAAACGUCAAGAACAUGAUGUGCACAACCUUAACAAGGUCCAUGCCAGCAAUUGCAUUCUUCGGUAGAAUGGCAUUUGCCCUUGUCUUUAUCAUCUCUGCUAUCCAAGACUAUGCUGAUCAUUUUGGUGGCGGUGGCGGGCCGCUAGAGAAGACGGUGGGACCAGCAGUAAAUGUGAUGACCAAAUAUGGCUCUAAGGUUCUCACGUUUUACACAGGAAUGCAAGUUGUCGCAUUCGACGUCAGACUUUUAGAGUUUUCACUCAUAACCGCAAAGGGAACUGCGGCUUUGUGGUUCAUCUUUGGACAAUCUAUGCCGGCUUACUUCUUGCUCGCAACUCAAAUGCUCUCAACUGUUAUCCCUUUCCCUACAAACUUGAACGACUUCACUCAGAACUUGACGUUAAUGGGUGCGUUGCUCUAUUACAUUGGAUUAAAGCAUAGUAUCGACAACCUCGAGGAGGGCGAGAAGAGCAAGGAGAAGGAAAAAGAAGAUGACAAGCCGUCCACCUCCAAAUCCAAAGCGAACUAAAAUGUAAAUUUCACAAACUCAUUUGCUUUGUUUCGUUAGUUGUUAUUGCCUCCCCCGAGCGCCUUGUCGGAUAUGUGUGUUUACCUUCUUUACAGACAGCUCUCUUUAAUAUCAGUUUCCGAUCGAAUGCUUUGUCUUUUGUUAUGUUUCCUGGUUCCUGUAUUGGAUUGUUCACCUAUGAAACGUAGAGUUUAUAUGGUUAUAUCCACCAUUGACCUA